CUCUGCAACUGCCCCCGUUUUACGCUCCUUACGAUACGCUCACCACCAAAUAUGAUGAAAAAUUCAUCAAAACUCUGCCGUUCAAACUCCAAAUCCAUAAAGUGAAACGAAUCACAUCCAUCCAAAGACAAUAUGGAAUUACUCCGAUUUGCGUGCGCGACGGCGUCACGGCCAUCGACUUCAGUCGCAGUACUAUUCCUCUCCAACACCCAGAGGAAGAAGAAGCAGAGAAAUGCAUGCUCAAUCAGAGCUCAACUCAGCGAUGACAAUGACCCAUUGCUCCAGUCGGCCAUCAAUUCAGCUUCUCUUCGUUUUCAGGAGACCCGACGACCAGACCCUCUUUUUGUUGACCCAUAUGCCGGGUGUUUUGUUUUGCCCCACACUAGGAUGGAUUUGGAAAACAAAUCGAAACAGUAUUGCAUUGCGACCAAAUUCAUAGAUGACAAACUGCUUCGUACUGUAAACCACAUAGAUGGGCUUAAACAGGUUGUUCUUUUAUCAGAUGGAAUGGAUACUCGGCCAUACAGGCUUAACUGGCCAAGCUCAACCAUCAUAUUCGAUAUAUCCCCUAAAAGGGUAUUCCAAAAGGCCACUGAAAAGCUGAAUGGUAUCGGUGCGAAGAUCCCGAGAAGAUGUUUGCUUCUUCAUGUUCCAUUGGAAUCACCUAAUAUUCAAGAAACUUUGGUUAUGAAAGGGUUUAAUGGUAACCGUCCGAGCAUAUGGGCUAUACAGGGACUGCCUGUGAUGACUUUGGCAAGUUUUGAAGAGAUAUUAUUAACAGCCAGUGGAAUGGCCAUGAAGGGUUGCCUCUUCUUGGGAGAGUUGCCUGCAUGGUUGGCAGAGACCGAAUUUGGUAACAAGUCCAGUACCCAGAAAUGGAUGGACAAUCUUUUCAUGAGCAACGGUUUCAAGGUGGAAAUGAUUAGCUACGAUGAAGUAGCUAAACGUUUAGGUAAGGUAGUGAAACCGGGUGAUUCUGAGAACAUACUAUUUGUUGCAGAGCAAUUGCGGUGUUCGGAUGAUCAGUGGCGUGUAACUAAUGACGUAUUUGCAUUUUUGGAAAAGAUGGAAACUUGGAGGAGAGAGCUUCAAAGGGUGGAGGAAGAUGGCGAUGAGGAAGGGUUUGAGGAGCUCUAAAUGUAAAUAUGUUUUUUUUUGGGGGGUUUGUUUUCUGGUUAGAGCCUGCAAUGAAAUUCUCCUUUCUGUUCUGUUAUUUCUUGCUAAUUUUCCCAUUUACAUGUACAUAAGAAGUCUUGAGAAUAUAUAUAUUUUUUCUUUUUGG